AUGGCUGCGAGACCUUUAAAUUCCGGGGAAAAAAUGAGCGCACGUGGCACGGCAUUCGAACGGGCGAACGUGAUCCGAGACCCGAAAACUGGAGAGACCUAUUUGCCCGCCACGCAACGACCUGAUGGAACAUGGAGAAAACCGAUUCGUGUUAAAGAUAAUUACGUUCCACAAGACGAAAUGCCCGUGUACCAGUCGAUGGGCCAACAAACUGAAAUGGAGACGAGAAGACGUGCGGAAAAUGGCAAUUUGAUUCCUGGCUUGGUUUUAACUGAAGAAGAGAAGGCUGCACGUGCUAAAAAGUUAGAAAAGGAGAGAAAACAAGUGGAAAGUCAAAUGGCGAAAUUAACGACGCGAACGCCUGAAGAAGAAAAAGUGAAAGAAGUGAAGAAAAUUCAAAAGCUAUUAAAGGAAAUCACUGUAUUGGAAAAACGUUACGAACAAGACGCAACAAGUUUAGAUAAAGAUCAAGUGACAAAAAUGAAACGAAAAGAUGAACUUGAAAAAAAACUUGAAGAACUAAACAAUGAAUAA